AUGGAAAAUUCUCAAAUAUUCCAUGAUUUCUCUGUUUCAACAUCAAUUUCGAAUGAUUCUUCUUCUUGUCAUCUGAAUUCUUCAGCUGAAAAUCAGAGUUACGAAGAUAUAUUAAAUAAUUCAGUUAAUAAUUCAGAACAAAAUGAUGCUAAUGAGGAUCCAGAAUCCUAUGUGGUUGUUGGCCAAGAUUUUGAAGAACCAGUUUCAUUAGAGGGAAGUGUAGUUAAGGAUGAUGAUGAGGCGUAUGAGUUAUACAACAGUCAUGCAUUUAGGAAUGGUUUUGGUACUAGGAAGGGUAAAAAGGAGUAUAGAAGUGGUACUAGAAUAGUUCGACAACGGUUUUUUGUUUGUGCAUACGAGGGGUUUAAAAAUCCAGAUGGUGUUGUGCCUAAAUCCUUUAAAAAAAUUGAUAGGAGAACUGGAUGCAAGGCUUCAGUUCAGUUUGAUGUUGAUAAGAAAACUGGAGUGUAUGUUCUUUCUAAACAUUCCCGUCUGCAUAACCAUUCAAUGGUUCCUGCUAAUAAGAGACACCUUAUUAGGUCACAUAGGCACAUUUCAAAAGAACAAUUGGCUUUUCUUACUACUUUUACUUGUAGUGGCACGAAGCUUGCUGAUGUUCUUAGAGCUAUGAGGAAAGAAGUUGGUGGUGAGGCGAAUUUAGGGUUCACUGUUCCUGACGCGUAUGAUGCUGUUUUGGCAGAGAAGAAGAAAAAGUUGGAUGGUUGUGAUUCAAAUCAGUUGAUCAGAUGGUUCGCUAUGAGGCAAGCUAAAGAACAUGAUUUUUAUUAUGAUUUUCAAUUGAAUGAAGAGAAUCAGUUGAUCAAUUUUUUUUGGAGAGAUGGAAGAAUGCGGUCUGAUUAUGAAGCUUUUGGUGAUUUAUUGAUUCAUGAUACAACUUAUCGUACUAAUAAAUACGAUAUGAUUUGUGGGCCUUUUGUUGGAAUGAAUCUUCACACUCAAAAUAUCAUGUUUGGAGUGGGUUUUAUAUUGAAUGAGAAGGCAGGUACUUUUGACUGGCUUUUUAAUUCUUUUUUGACUUCAAUGGGAGGGAAGCAACCUGUGACUAUCAUGACUGAUCAAUCUUCUGCCAUGGACAAGGCUAUAAGGUAA